AGCGCACCGACGGCGGCAAACUCAACUCUGGUCUGGUGGAAAGUGUAAACACUUGCAACUUAUACUUAUGGCGAGUGAGGUUUCGUGAGGCAGAGAUAAGUAAAGAGAUCAAGUGCUACUAUGGUGAAUAUGAGAGGUUUGAAUGACUUAUAUGACUGGUAUCAGCUUGCCAGAAAGAAAGAUCUUGGUGAGACUAAAAUUGCUUGGCUCCAGUACUUCGAGGAUAAAAGUGCUGGUUCCAGUCAAAAUGAUAACCCAUAUCUGGUUAGACAGGAACACCAAGACUGUAUUGAAGAUAAAGUGAAUGAGGAAAGUUCUUGGUCAACAAGCCAGUUUGAAGCAUUAGAUAAAGAUUUAAAGAAAGAAACUAGCACUGACUCUAAUGAAAAGGAAGCACUUCCACCACUGUUGUCGGACACACCACAUUGUAAAAGAAAUGUACCAUACUCAAAUUUUUGUGAUGUAAGUUUUGUGUCACCCCCACCACUAACAACUUGUGAAGAUGGCGAGACAUCGGAAAAAUCUGUCUCUUCAUCUGUUUACAGUCCAACAACACCAAUGUUAGAUAUCUUUUCACCACAAAGCGGCAAUGGCAACAGAACUGAAGAUAUUAUUACAAGUUUGGGUGCAUCUUUAAAUGAAUCAUCAGUUACCUGGACAAGUGAUCUUGCUACGCCAUGCUCACAUCCAUCUUCAAAGCGACAAAAAUUAGUCAACACACCAUCCACACUUGAACAUCGUACUUUGUACCCCAGUCAUGGCCUUAGGCAGAAGGUGUUGGCUAGAAGCCUCUUCAGCCCAUUAACAACAGGAAGCCAACCAUCAGAUAAUGAGUGGAGCCCUAAUCUUGGGAUAAUCAAGUGCCACUCUCCAGUUAGAGCAUUCAGUGUAAAAGGACGAUAUAACAAGGGAAAUAUACAAGAUGCAAAUUUACAAACAUGUCAGGUUGAUGGGACUCAGGAAUUUGUGUUUAUUGAUCAAGAAAAGCGUGAAUACAAUGUAUGUGUUAAUGGUUCAUCUAAUGACCAAAAAACUACUGGUGUUACUGCACAGAAUAGUAGCAAAGAUUAUUCCAAGUGCAAGAGUAGUACACCUUUAGCAAAACAACCACCCGUAAUUAAGGGAGUUUUAGAACCUGAAGAAUGUACUAAUACCUCACUUAGUAAUACCACUGAAAAAGACAGAUUAUUUCCCAAAAUUAUGAAAAAUAAUGAUUUAUCAGAUAUAGUAGAUUGUUCAGAAAAGAACAGUGAGAAUCCUUUUGAUAUUAUAUGUUCUCCAGUUAAAAAGAAAUCCAAAGCUAACAAGGAGAGUUAUGAAGAAAAUGAGACAAAGUUAAGAUGUUCUGUAGGAAACAAUAAGUCUAAUAACAGUGCCAGUGAAAGUACUGCCUCUCUAGAUGUCAAAAGAUCAGGUCAGCUGCUGUCAUGGCAAAAGACAAACACUAAUCAGGUACUUGUCCUGGAGUGCAGCAUCAAAUCAGCUGAAGACAGUUUUCAGUCAUGUUCCCAGAAGUAUGAUGGUACUAGAAAAGGAUCAUAUCAAGAUGCAGAUUUCAAAGAGGAAACACUUGGUAGUAUAUCAGAUGACAGAAGUUCUAAUUUGAAUUUUACUGUAACAAAUGAGAAUGAAGGGAAAAUUAAUGCAGAAAACAUUGUGUGUGAUAAGUCAGAUGUACAUGUCACAUCUUUAUUUGGGAAAAAGCUUUUGAAUGCAGCCAAAAUUGCAGAUGGACACCUUCAAGGGAAUGAUAAUCAAGUUAUUGAUGCUGAUAAAGCUGUUUUACCUGUACCUGACAGGUCCAAAAAUGUUCGAAAUAAAUGUUCUCUGUUUUCUAAAAGGAGAAGAUCCUCAGGCUUUUUAUAUCCAACCAAAUCAGCAGAAGUCUAUGAAGAGCUAGGUAUUGCAUUCAAGAAAAAUAUGACAUCUGAGAACUCUCAUGUGUAUGAAGACAAUGUUGAUGCUAUGGCUGGAAUAUUUCAGGUUGACAUCACUGAAUACAAAGAUAUUGUUUCAACUUGCUCAGAUGGCAAAAGGAAAGUUUCAGGUGAUGUUCAGUUGGGAAAUGAUGGUCACUGUAAUUCAGCUUCAAACCUUGACUCCAAUAGUGAUAAGUUACCAAAACAUAUUGGUUCCAUUAAAAGUUGUAAUGAUGUAAGAGAUACUAAAGAGGGUGUUUCCACAAGUGAGGUCAGAAGUGAGGGUAAUAGGCUUAUGUUUAAUACCCAAAGCAAAGAUGCAGAAUCAUCAGAAGUUUCUGAGCCUCUUCAGGGUGCUACAUUAUUGUCGAGUGUUAAAGAAGAAAAAUGUAACCUUGUAAGCCAAUUGUGGAAUGAUAGCUUGAACGAAGCUGAUAUUGCAGAGUUGGAGCAGGAGCUUAACCUUCACACUAAAGAUUUCUGUGAUGAUGAAGCAAUGUAUUUAGGCAACCCAAACAAAACUGAUGUUCAGAAUGAGAAGUUAACAUUGCGUGUUUUACAUUCUUGUGAAACAAAACCAUACUUUGGCAUACUAAGCACUAAAGGGGAAGCCACAGAAAAUAAUGAUUUUAAGUAUGUUAAUCCAAAACCCAAUAGGUUCCAAGGCUUUUCUACUGCCUCAGGAUCAGCAAUUAAGGUUCAGGAAAGUUCUAUAAAAAAGGUUCAGUCUCUAUGGGAGGAAAAUUCAAGCACUGAUGACAUAAAAGUUCACCCCAAAAGCGCAAGAUCUACUGAUAGUGCUUAUUCUAAAGACUUUGAGCCAUUUCACUAUCUUGCAUCAGCAUCUGGAUCAAAAAUCAACAAUUGUGAAAAGUCUUCAGAAUUGCAGUCAAAGAGUGAUGAGGAAAUCAUGGAUAGAGGUAAAGGUAGUGCCACUGACCAGAAUGAAACUUUUAAGUACAAAAUAAAUGUUAGUGACACAGGCAGUGCAGGUUUUUCAAGUCAUGGUCCUCUAAAUGAGAAUCCAGUUAAUUUUAAAAGGUUUACCACAGCAUCUGGUUCCCAGAUCAAAGUUAAAGAAGAGUCUCUGAUGAAUCAGGCCAAAAUGUUUCAAGAACUCUUUGACAAGGAUGAGUUUACGUGUGGUGCUAAAGUACAUAGCACUGAUAACAACCAAAAUGGUAAUGCUAAAGUUGAUACUGCUGUUAACAAUCAGAACAGUAGUGCUAAAGUAGAUAGCACUGUUAGCAACCGGAACAAUAAUGUUGAAGUAGAUAGCAAUAUUAACAGUCAGAACAGUAAUACUGCAAAGAAUGAUGUUUGUACAAAGUAUGUUGGCUCAAAAACAGAAUUUUCUUGUCAUGGUUUUACCACUGCAGGUGGCUCUAAAAUUCAACUGAGUGAUGAGUCUGUGAGUUUGCAAGCAAAGAAGUUUCAAGACCAUUUUGGUAAUGAUGAGGUGGUUUCCAUGGACAAAGGUGUAGAGUUUAACAAUAAAGUAUGUACUUUUGUAAAGGAAAGAAACACUGGGGAUUUCAUAAGUCACGGAUCAGUUGAUGAGAAGUCUACAAGCUUUCAGGACUUUGCUACAGCUUCUGGGUCCAAGAUUACAAUCAACAAAGAAUCCUUGUCUAAGCAGUUCAGCAUGUUUCAAGAGCUUUUUGAUAAGGAUGAAGUAGGACUCACAGCAGAAGAAGAUAAUCUUAUUACCCAUGAAGAAAAGAAUAAAGCAAAUAUUGUGUAUCAUGACAGUGCUGAGAACAUAGACUCUACGUCAAAAUUUUCAAAGAAUUGUAAAGGUUUUACCACAGCUUCUGGGUCUAAGAUCAAAGUUGAUGAAGAAUCUUUAGUUGUUCAGUCAAAGAAAUUCCAAGAACUUUUUGGCAAUGAUGACUAUAAUUCUCUUGAGCAGGAUGUGGCUUUUAACAAUAAAAUCAAGAUUUCUGCAGGAGGUGAAAAUCCCACAGGUAAAAGUCAGUGUUCUGUAAAUAAAAGGUCUUUUCAGGGAUUUACUACAGCUUCUGGAUCUAAGGUAAGAGUCUGUGAAGAAUCUCUUUUGAAGUCCAGAAAGCUUUUAGAGCUUGACAAGGAUGACAUUGCAUCCUUACCCAAAGUUGGUGAAAUUAUUGACAGUGAUAUAAGAAAGGAAGGCUUUGGCCCUCGUAAGCACUGUUCUACAUCAGAGUUUCCUGAAAAGUUUGAGGGAUUUUCUACAGCUGCUGGGUCUAAAAUUAAACUUAGCAAGAAAUCUUUAGUUUUGCACGCCAGGAAAUUCCAAGAGUUACUUAGCAAUGAUGACAGCAGUUCUACAGGGAAAGAUAUAACUGACACAAUAAUUAAAACUCCUAUAGAGGAUAAAAACCAUUCAGAUGUGAAAUAUUGCUCUGUAAACAAUGACUCUUUUCAUGGAUUUACCACAGCCUUAGGGUCUAAAAUAAAAGUCAGUGGUGAAGCUUUGUUAAAAUCAAGGAAGGUUUUAGAGCUCGAUAAGGAUGAAGAGGAAGUGUCAGCUCCAGGGAGUGGUAAUAUUAACAGUGAGACCAAUAACAUCUUACAAAAUGAAAACCAUCCAUUGACCUUUCCUGAACAGCAAGGAUUUAAUACAGCUGCUGGUUCUAAAAUCUGGAUUAGCAAGGAAAAGUUUGUUCUGCAUUUAGAGAAGUUUCAAGAAUUUUUAGACAGCAGAGAGCAAAGAUAUAAUGAUGACAUUGUCAGUGAUAUUGUGAAAAGUAGGGACCAUACAGGUUUUGUAGAUGGUAUUCCUACAUGCAGAACUUCAAAUGAGCUAAAUGGUAAUAUAUCCGCAUCAAUAGUCGGCUCUUGUGAGGGAUCAGCAUUUAAUUUUAAAAAGUUACAAGUGCUUCCAGAUGGUAAUAACAAACAUGACAUGUCUCAAAGGAUCAGUGAUACUGUCUCUGCAUCCAAAAAUUUGAGCACUUAUCAAGGAUUUACAACUGCAGCAGGAUCAAAAAUCAUACCCAGUGAAGAGUCUUUAUUAGCACAGUCAAAAAAGUUUCUAGACAUUUUAGAUAAUAAAGAUAACUGCAAUGGAAAAGGAGAGAACACUGGUGGUAAUAUCAAGAGUAACAUGAAUGGUGGAGAUACAAAACGUACCAGUCUUUAUUACAAAAAUAAACAACCUCUCCAAGGAUUUGCCUCUGCAUCUGGAUCUAAAAUUCAAGUUAGUGAGGAAAAGUUAUCAGAGUACUCAAAAAAAUUCCAAGAACUGUUCGAAAAUGAUGUAGAUGGAAAUUCUCGGACAGAGAAAGUUGGCAGUCACGGGAAUUAUGUGGAUGCCAAAGAAAAUAUUGAAAAUACAAAAAAUCUGAAUCAGAUUUCUUACUGUGGUCAGGCUACUUUAGAAUCUUCAUAUUUAAAUAAACUAAGAAAUGGAAACACUAGUUGUGGCACAUUCAGCGAGUUGGCAGUGGAAGAGAAGAUGCAAGUUAUGAUGCCACCUGUUGGAGAGAAUUUACAAGUCAAAGAUACCUCAAGUAUUGAAGGAUAUCAAACUGGUUCUGUUGACUCCUCGGAUGGACUUGCCAGUACUGUUGAACCAGUUGACGGUAAUGGAAAUUUAACUAGACAGAUGAAAAACUUGGAAGAAGAUAUGUCUUGUGAAAACAAGAAAGGUAUAGAAAGUGAUCUAUCUGAUAGUGAAAUGAAGCACCUGGAGGUGAAUCUUGAAUACAAAAACCAUGAAAAUGACAAUGGCAAAAGAAGUACUUCUCCAAUUAUUGGAUCUCAAUCAGUCCAUGUUGAAAGGCAAAGAAAGCAUCAUAGGUAUGAUAAGAAAAGGAAAAGAAGCUUGGAAACCUCAAAGGUGUUCAGUGAUGCCGAAGAUUUGGGAAAUUUAGGGAAUGUUAAUAUGAAGGAAGUACAGUCUUCACAUAUAUCCCCUUCAACUGUUGAUAGAGAUGAGGGCAAAGACAUUCAUUCUCAGGAAGAGCAUAGACCUCAGGUUGAUAGACGUGAACAUAGAGGUCAACUUAAGUGUCACUCACAGGAUACUAAUAAAGGAAGAAAGCUAUAUGAUAGAUCUAUACUUAAGAGGAAGUCAUUGCCAGCUUAUGAAAACAAGAAGGAGUGAAUUGUGCAAAGGAAUACAAUCAGUUGAAGAAAAAUCUGCUACCUCUGAUACUCAAGAAAUUAGCAUAAUAACUGAAGCCUUCUUACAAGAUGAUUCUUGGGAAUCAGAAGACAAUUCACAUAAAAAACGUAAGGCU